AUGACAUCCAAAUCUAAGCUCUCAAAUCUAUUCAAAGGAAAGAGUGUUCCAAAUCUACCUUCCUAUAGUUCACCUUGGAAUAAAAAUGAUGAGAAGUUAUGGAACGCCAUUAAACAACAAAAUGCGAAGCAAGUGAAAUCCAUUUUGUCUAAAUCAGCAAUCAUGCCAACAAAGCUGGGGCCUCAGGGAAAAUCAGUGUUUCAUCUUGCAUGUGAAGUUGGAAAUGAGCAGAUUGUAGAUGCCAUUCUUGCAGUAACACAAGAUGUCAAUGAUCCCACAAUUCAAGGUGUAACAGCACUUCAGCGAGCAGCAGCUAAAGGUCACACAAAUACAGUGAACAAAUUAUUAAAGAAAGAGGCUAAUGUUGAUCAGAGAGAUUGUAAUAGCAUGACCGCACUUCAUCAUGCAUGUUUUGGGCAGAACCAGGAUUGUGUGAAACUGCUUUUGCUGAAGAAUGCAGACCCUAAUGUUGUUGACCAGAGUGGCAAAACGCCUCUGUUUUUUGCUACCCAUCAGGGACUGUUUGACACUUCAAGAUGGCUGCUAGACAAGGGUGCUGAUAUAAACUGUCAAGACAAAGAUAAUGUCACACCACUGAUGUUAGCAGCAAAGGAGGGUCACAGAAAUAUUUGUGAGCUUUUGUUAACAAGAGGAGCUAAUACAGAGCUAACUGAUCGAUAUGGCAGAACUGCUUUGGAUCUGGCCGUAUCUUCCAAACAUUUAGAAUUGCAGGAGGUGUUU